AAUGAAAGCAAUCACCAAGUAUUUUUUUUAUGCCACUACUCCCGGUCAUCAAUACCACAGACACAUCACGGAGCUUCUCUGCUCCUCAUCAUGGCGGAUGGCGACGAUCGCUGCUCCGUCCUCCUCCCGAGCGGCUCCUUUUUCCUCGGGUUUGAUUGCUCCACGCAGUCGCUCAAAGCCACGGUGCUGGACGCCGGCCUCGCAAUCGUCGCCCACGACGCCGUCCACUUCGACUCCGAGCUGCCGCACUACGGCACCGAGGGCGGCGUCCGCCGGGACCCGGCGGAGCCGGGCCGCAUCGUGUCGCCGCCGCUGAUGUGGGCCGAGGCCCUGGACCUGCUCCUCCACAAACUGAAGCCCAAGGUGGACUACGGCCGCGUGGCCGCCGUCUCCGGCAGCGCGCAGCAGCACGGCAGCGUCUACUGGGCGCACGGCGCCGGCGCGGCGCUCGCCUCCCUGGACCCGGCCGAUGGCCUGGCGACGCAGCUCGCGGCCGCGCUCGCCGCGCCGGAGUCGCCCGUGUGGAUGGACGGCAGCACCACGGCGCAGUGCCGGGAGGUCGAGGCCGCCCUGGGAGGCGCGCUGGCGCUGGCCGCCAUGACGGGGUGCCGGGCGCACGAGAGGUGUACUGGCCCGCAGAUAAGGAAGAUGUUCCAGACCAGGCGGCGCGUCUACGACGGCACCGAGAGGAUCUCGCUUGUCAGCUCGUUCAUGGCGUCGCUGCUCAUCGGUGGCUACUCCUGCAUCGACCAGACCGACGGCGCGGGGAUGAACUUGAUGGACAUCCAGACGCGCCAGCUGCGCGAAGAUGCCCUUGAGGCUACAGCUCCAGAUUUAGAGAUGAAGAUUGGGAAGCUAGUACCAGCGCAUGAAAUAGCUGGAACUGUAGCUCCUUAUUUUGUUCAGAGAUUUCAGUUUACAAGAAAAUGUCUGGUCGUUCAGUGGUCAGGGGACAAUCCCAAUAGCCUUGCAGGAUUAACUUUGAGCAGUCCUGGUGAUCUAGCAAUCAGCCUUGGAACGAGUGAUACAGUAUUUGGGAUAACUGAUAUGCCUGAACCAUCCCUUGAUGGAAACAUCCUUCCUAAUCCAGUUGACCCCAAGACCUACAUGGUUAUGCUUUGCUAUAAAAAUGGAUCUCUAACACGAGAAGAUAUUCGCGAUCGUUAUGCCGAGAAAUCAUGGGAUGUGUUCAACAACUUCCUUGAGCAAACAGACCCCUUAAAUGGAGGAAAACUGGGAUUUUACUACAAGGAACAAGAGAUCCUUCCACCGCUCCCAGUUGGGUAUCACCGUUACAUUGUCGACACCUUAACCAGUGGAUCUUCAGCUGAGACUGCACGACAUCAAACAGAUGAGUUUGAUCCUCUGUCAGAGGUUCGUGCGGUAAUAGAAGGCCAGUUCCUCUCGAUGAAGGGCCAUGCUGAGAGAUGCGGCCUGCCGGUGCCUCCGAAGCGGAUUAUAGCAACCGGUGGGGCAUCGUCAAACCGAGCCAUUCUCAAGAUCAUGGCAUCCAUUUUCGGCUGUCCAGUUUACACUGUUCAGAGACCAGACUCUGCCUCUCUGGGUGCUGCUCUGAGAGCAGCCCAUGGGUGGCUUUUUAAGCAGCAAGGUGACUUUGUGCCCAUCUCACGCCUGUACUCAGGCCGAUUGGAGACAACAUCGCUCAGCAUGAAGCUGGCUGUUCCAUUUGGGGAUUGCCAGGGGGACGCUGAGCUCCUGAACAACUACAAGUUAUUGUUGAAUAAGAGGCUGGAGAUUGAGCAGGAGCUUGUCGAGAGGUUUGGUCGUCGUACCUGUGCGAAGUAGCUGGCAACAUUUUUGUAUGGAUGUAUAACACUUUUUAGUAGCGUCAGUGGCGCUGAUAACGAGCCUUUCGAAAGUGCAUAAGCAGAUAAGGGUUAUAGAGAAAUUGGAUUAGGUGUAUUUUUUAGAGAACAGGUUCGAAGGCCCUUGCUUCUAUAUAAAAGCAUAGACAGGUGUAUAGUAAGCAGUAGCUACAAAUUCAGGCAUGGACUGUCACCACUAUAACAUUAUGUAGUAGGAUAGGAUUUGUAUUCUGUUGAACAUGUUCGACUCAAAAUCCAAUGCUUUGAUAAACUUUCA